UGUUUCAUCUGAAGAAAAGACCAGUUUCUUUCUCACAGAUUCUGUGAAUCAUGUUACUGACCAGGUCUCUUCCCUGCCAGAAAGACCAAAUCCAUGUGUGGGGCCCACCUCUAGCAAGUAUGUCGGACUUCAAGGCACGUGCACCCAUCUCAUGACGGGCCUUCUUUUUUUCACUAUGCCUUUGUUACAACUCUGUCAUGAGCUUUUAAUGUAUUUUUGCAAGCCGCCUAAAAUUCCCUCUGGAGGUGUAAGUCGAUAACUAAUUUUAAAUCAAUUUAUCACUCCAUACUGCAUAGAGAGAGUUCUAAAACUGAACUCAUUUUAAAGAAACAUUCUUAUUCAGGGACAUUUAUUUAAAAGUUAUGGCGCUCCAGGAAGAGAGAUGUCGAAGCUGCCACCCAAACCGGUCAAACCAGGGUAAGUUAAAGUGUUCAGAGCUCUUUAUAUGUUGAACCCAUCUCCAGAUGAAUUGUACUUUGAAGAAGGUGAUAUUAUCUACAUUACUGACAUGAUUGAUACCGGUUGGUGGAAAGACACCUCCAAAGGCAGGACGGGACUAAUCCCAAGCAACUAUGUGGCUGAGCAGGCAGAAUCCAUUGACAAUCCAUUGCAUGAAGCUGCAAAAAGAGGCAACUUGAGCUGGCUGAGAGAGUGCUUGGACAACCAAGUCGGUGUUAAUGACUUGGACAAAGCUGGAAGCACUGCCCUGUACUGGGCUUGUCAUGGGGGUCACAAAGAUACAGUGGAGAUGCUCUUUACUCACCCAAACAUUGAACUGAACCAACAGAACAAGUUGGGAGACACAGCUUUGCAUGCUGCUGCCUGGAAGGGUUAUGCCCAUAUUGUCCAGUUGCUUCUGGCAAAAGUUGCUGGAACAGACUUAAGAAACAAUGAGAAGAAGCUGGCCCUGGACAUGGCUACUAAUGCUGCCUGUGCAUCUCUCCUGAAAAAGAAACAGGGAACAGAUGCAGUCCGAACAUUAAGCAAUGCCGAGGACUAUCUUGAUGAUGAAGAAUCAGAUUAAUUCCUUUCUGGAGCUUUGAGAUCUAAAACUUCUGUUGCUUUUGCCAUUUCAAAACCUUGUCUUGCCAGAAGAGUGUUGGUAACUGUAAAAACAAACAAACAAAAAAAAAUAGAAAGUCUAUAUGAACGUGGCAGUAUUACACUGUUUGAAUAAAACAUGUAAAUGAAUAGUUCUCACCUUCAGUUUGCCAAUAAGUGACUGGAUAUUUUGCUGUAUAAAGUACAUUUUUUUUCACCAGAGUAGAACAAGAAGAGAUUAUUUCUAUUUAUCAAGCUUAGAGGAAUUUUAAGAAUUUUUUCUUUAAAAAUAUCGGGAUUUUCUUUUUUUUUUAAAGUUCUUUACCUCAAGGAUUGAGAUAUUUUGAAUGAAUUUUUCAAAGGGGGAAGGCUUAUUAUCAUAAUAAACCAAAAGAUUUAAUAGAAAAUCGUCAGCUAUUCUGACAAAAAUAAACAUUUUAAGAGACUUUA